GGGAGUAUGAAGCGGCGGCGAGUACCGACCCCCGGGAGCGGCAGCGGGAGCGGCAGCGCGGCUUCCCUGAGUGUCCUCCCUGUCUAAGGCAGGAACGCGACACCCGAGCCCCGGUCACGCACAAGCCCCGCCCCCCUCCCCCCGGCGCGGGCGGCGAGCAGCGGAGCGCCGUUGCCUUGGAGACGGGAGGCGGCUGCAUGGGCCGCGCGGUCAGGCCUGGCACCAGCGUCACCACCGACACUCGCACCCCCUCACACACACACCGGCACCGGCAGCGUUAGCGUCAGCGGCCCUCCCCAGGCCCCGGACCGGCCCCGCCCCGCCCCGCGCCGCGCAGCCAUGGGCUUGUUCGAUAAGCUGGCCGGCUGGCUGGGGCUGAAGCGGCGGGAGGUGAACGUCCUGUGCCUGGGGCUGGACAACAGCGGCAAGAGCACCAUCAUCGACCAGCUGAAGCCUGAGCACGCGCAAACCCAUGAUAUAGUUCCUACCAUUGGAUUCAGUGUGGAGAAAUUCUCUACAUCCAGCCUAUCUUUCACAGUGUUUGAUAUGUCUGGCCAAGGACGAUACCGUAGCCUGUGGGAACACUAUUAUAAGGAUGCCCAAGCCAUUAUUUUUGUGAUUGACAGCGGAGACAAGUUGAGGAUUGUUGUGGCUAAGGAAGAAUUGGACACCCUUCUCAAUCAUCCAGAUGUCAAACACAAACGAAUUCCUAUUCUAUUUUUUGCAAAUAAAAUGGAUCUAAGAGAUGCUUUAUCAUCAGUUAAGGUGUCUCAGAUGUUGGGCCUCAAUAAUAUAAAGGACAAACCCUGGCAUAUCUGUGCCAGCAAUGCUCUGAAAGGAGAAGGACUGCAUGAGGGUGUAGAAUGGUUACAAGAUCAAAUCAGAUCCAUGAAGAUAUGAAGCAACACUAAAAUUGUGAAGAACUGAAACCGUAAUGUUUGAGAUGGCUGAAGAAGCCAAGAGAAAUUAUUGAAACCGAUAUAAAUGUUGAAUAAAUUAAAUGUAGUUGCAACCUAUUUAGUUAUUCUAACAUGUAUUUAUAAAGUUGGCAAUAUUGUGCACCUGCUUAGUGCAGUGAUUUGAUCAGUGGUCGUGAUGAUUUUAAUUGUAGAUAAGUUUUGCAAGCAGUCCCAAGAGACUGACACAUUCACAGACUUUAGCCAAAGGCUGCUCUUGAUUCAUGCUUCCCUAUUGUACAUUGAUUCUGUUGAAAUUAUGUUAGAACGUUGUAUUUCACUUCUCGCUGUUCAAAUCCAGUCCAAGCACGUGGAUUGAAAGCCUAACUGGUGGCUAACUGGUGCUGCAUGAUGCGAGUCUGCCCAUUCUUAAAUCUCUUUCCAGUGGAAAUGAUUAAACAGCACAAACCUGCUUGUAAUUCAGCAGUAAUUGGAGAGUCCUUGCGCUAUUGAAGCCAGGAUUGAACCAUGUUGAAGUUGUUUGAUAAUGUUGUUAAAGUUAUUUAAUUGAAGCAAAAUGUUGAAGCUAAAUUUAAUUGAAGAGAGAUAUCUCAUGUAUUUGAGCAAUUAUGCUAGGAAAAAUCACAUUCCUUUCAUCUCUGCGUCCUGGGUUUCAGCCCAUUGUAGACUGAGAAUCUCAUUGAGUGGAGACAGAUGGUGUAACUGCCCUCUCAGUUAAGGAAUGAUACCUGAUAAUUUGUUGGAUAGAAAUAAAUAACCAUUUAAGACUUCCUCCCCAUGUGAAAGGUGCUGUAUACGUGUAAAUUGUGUUGGAAACAUUAUUGCAAUAGAUGGGUAAGGCAUAUGCAUCGAAGAAUUAAUUAUUGUGAAAUGAUUGUUUUCACACAAAUAGUGGAAAUUUGGAAUUCUCUCCCCUAAAAGGCUGUGGUGGAUCCACUAAAAUAUUCCAUUUAUUCAAAUUGAGAUGGAUAGAUUUUUGUUACGUAAGGGUAUCAAUGGAUAUGGGGCAAAGGCGGGUUGAGGGUCAGAUCAGCCAUAAUCUAAUAGAAUGGUGGAACAGGUUGAAUGGCCUAAUCCUGUUCCUAUGUUCCUCCGAUUUUUGCAAAUUCAAGUGAUAGUCUACCGCCGAUUGUUGGGAAAUAAAUAUAUUUUUCAAAUGUUACGCUAGGAAUAUUGUAAAGUCAGUACUUGCCAUGAUAUUAUCUCAAAUAGGAAAACAUUUUUGAAGACUAGAUAGCAAGGAAAGGAAUUAAGCAGUCGCCAUAACCAUAUCUUCAGACUGAAUCUAACUAGCUGAUUCACCUCCUCCUUUCCUGAUGGAGAAAGUAGACUAGUUUCAUUUUAAUAAUGAGAAAAGGCUAUUCUGUUUUUGAAGGGUUUCGCAAUUCCAUUGUGUCUUUUAAAAUUCGAGAGUUUGCUCACGAACGAGAUCCUCUACCAACACUGCUGCGCGCAAUUGGCUGCCGCAUUUUGCCCACAAAUAUAUACA